AUGUUAUCCUGUUCUAAUUGUAAUAAUGUAGUGCAUCCGGAUUGUGCUGGUUUGCCGGAACACGUCGUUAAAGUUGCAGUGAACUAUAGAUGGAACUGCAUUGAAUGCAAGAAAUGUACGAUAUGCGAAAAACCGGAUAAUGAGGAUGCGAUGAUGUUCUGCGAUCGUUGUGACCGCGGUUAUCAUACAUUUUGUGUUGGCUUAUCGUCUCCACCGAAUGGUAACUGGAUUUGUUCCAGUUUUUGUGCUGAUCACAGUGUAAUAGCGAUGGAUAACACAUGCAGUGCAUGA